CCCGGCUGCUCCGAGAGAAGCCACUUCAACCCAGCCUGGAAGACAGGCGGCUCUCCGCGGCGCGGCUAGACAUCUGGGACCCUGAGAGCCGGGGAUCUGGGACCUCCCCCCAAGUCCUACUCCACCUGCGGCACCACCGGCCUCGGCUCCCAUCACCCGAUCGGCUCCCUGCCGGGCUUCAGCAGCGGCCCGGGAGCCCAUCCCCACCUGCGGCGACAGAGGAGCACGAGGAAGGCAGGUAAAUGGGGGCCAGGCAGUCUGGUGCCCGCUGCAAGGACAAGGGCCCCCCGGGGCGAGGGUUCCUGCGGGGGAGGCAGAAGUUCUCCCCGUGGGACGAUGCUCUGCUCUCGGGGAGGGACCCGCGCUGUCUGCUGAAGCGGGGCCUGCGGCACGUCAGUUUCAGCCUGGUCACCAAGGGCAUGACGGACGCUCCCGACUUCCUGUGGAGCCUGUCAGAGGUGCAGAAGCUCAACCUGUCCCACAACCAGCUCCGGGCCCUCCCGCCCGAGGUGGGGAAGCUGACGCGGCUGGUGGUCUUGAACUUGUGCGGGAACCGCCUGAAGACCCUGCCCCGGGAGGUCAGCCUCCUCCAGAGCCUCAAGGUCCUGUUUGUGCACAUGAACUGCCUGACGGAGCUGCCGGCAGAGCUGAGCGCCUGCCGGAACCUGGAGGUCCUGAGCCUGUCGCACAACUUCCUGUCCCAGCUCCCCGCCAGCCUCGCCGACCUCUCCCGGCUGCGCAAGCUGAACCUCAGCCACAACCGCUUUGCCCACAUCCCUGUCUGCGUGUUCUCGCUCAGGGAGCUGGACUUCCUGCACGUGGGCUCCAACCGCCUGGAGAGCAUUGCCGAGAGCAUCCAGUGCCUGGCCAGCCUGCAGAUCUUCAUUGCCGAGAGUAACAAUAUCCACACCUUCCCCUACUCUCUCUGCCUGCUCACGAGCCUGGAGCUGCUGAACUUGAACAACAAUGACAUCCAGACCCUCCCCGAGGAGCUCUACCUGCUGCGCAGACUGGCCAGGAUCGCUUGGAACCCCAUGGACAAAGGGCUUCACAUUUCCCACAACCCUUUAUCCAAACCCCUGCCCGAGCUGCUGGAGGGGGGUCUGGAGAUGCUCUUUAGUUACCUGAAGGACAAAAAACACACCUGACGUGGGUGCCGGAGACACAGACAGACUCAGCCUGGUACUUUCCUGGUCUAAACCUUCUCCUCUUCCUGUUUCUGUGGGUCGAUGCUUGUGCUAUUAUUUGCUAAAUCACACUGAACACCCCUUCUAAGGAGGUGUUUGCUUUUAGCUCUGUAUGUUCUUAAUAACCCACAGAAUACUAUGUUCAUCUCCUUCUAAACAGUAAUUGAAAGAGGACUUGGGUUUUCCCCAAAGAGAAAUAAUUCUGAUUCUCUGGGGAGCGGUGGGAUUCGGCCUUUGGAAGGGAGGACAGCAGGUCUGAUUCAAAGUCAAUCAAAAGUGAAAUAUUUGCUAAGUACGUGCAGUGGGCCAGGUACGAUAUAGGAGGUAUCGACACCAUCUGGUUUCAGCCCCUGAAUUGGCAACGUGCAGCUGGGUAGCAAUGGCAAGACAUGCUCCCACCUCAGCCGCCAUCAAGCAUCACUUGGGACCAAAGAGCAAGCUGGGGUCCUGCCCUCCCGGCAAUGACCAAAUCAGCCAGAGCUUCCCCACGAGUCCGGGGGGAAACGACCACAGGAACUUUGCCUCCAGAAUGACUGUUGGGUAACAAUCUAGCCGCUCAUGCUGACGUCUGGUGACCCCAACAUCAAUUUCCCAUCCAGCAAAGAAGGCAGCCAAUUCCUGCCUUUACCAUCAGACACCAUCAUUCCAUGAGCACCUUAGUGCAUGAGCUCUUGCCGUUGAACCACUGCAACCAGAUCUUACCAGUGUCACUGGGAGGCAACUGCAGUCCCCUCCACAUCCCCCUCCACAACCCCCUCCAGCAGCAACCGGAGACCUGCUUAUCCCCGCCAGGCACACACAGGCACGCUCAGUAACCACACCCACGUUUGCUUGCUGGAGACAAGACUAUUUAAAGACAUCAGAGGAAUUCUUACUUGACCUCAUGACUCGGUGGGAAAUUGUGGGACGCACCUUCCUCUGCAGAGCAGGACUGAGGCUGGAGCUGGAGCCCAUAUAUGCAGCUGUCACACAAACACCACUUGUGCCAGGAUCGCGCUCAUGGUGUCUGCUGCUGAAGACCCGCUUGGGCUCACGUUGAAUAUCCAUGACCUUGCUGUGGCGGAGAAGCAGGCUGGAACACCACCAUCACGCUUUUCCUGCUGAGCAAUCAUUUUAUUUCCUCUCCUCGCUUUUUCAGUCACUUGAUACCUCACGGUAACUCUGCUCCAGGGAAAGAACGUAACC